AUGGUCAAGAAAGCUGAGUUACGGCGGAGUUGCACCUUCUGUCGCGCCCGCAAGAUCGCCUGUUCUGGCGAGCGCAUUUGCACGGCAUGUCGCGAUCGGUCUAUUGAAUGUAUUUAUGGCCUGGAGGGGGCCAAGGGUCGUCCUCGCCUGGGUAAAACCUCGCCAGGUAUACCUCCUGCUGCUACUGCUGCUUCUCCUGCUCCUACUACGGCUGCGGCUGCUGCUGCUGCUGUUACCACCACUACCAUCAGCCUGGCAGCAGAACUGGAUAUUAUGUCUCGCGAGAACUUCAACCGGGUAGCCACCUUUAAUCGGCCCCUCAGCGCUCUGCCUCCGCUCCGACAGGGAGUACUCAGUUACUCGGGCUUUUUAGCUCUGGUCAUGCAAGAGUUGAUUGAAACUGUCGCCGUCAAAUUCAGCAACCUAGGCUGUCAUCCCUUCCUCGGACCCGGGGAGAGUUUUUAUCACGCCUCCAUGCUGCAGGACACUACCAAGGCGAUGUUCGAUAGUCCCCCGGCCUCCUCCUCAGACCUAGAUAUAUGGGAUGACUAUAACCCGCAUCUCACCUCGCAUAAUCAUCCCUUAUCGAUCCUCAUCUCCAAGUCACUUCUUCUCCGCGACCUGCGCAGCCAGAAGGCCAAUCGGAUAUUGUUGGCAAUCCUGCUGGCGGACGCCCAUCACUUUGCCGAGGAACCUAGCAAGGGAGAUCGCCUGGUGCAGUGGGCCAUCGCGCAAUUACCCAGUGUUCCUGCAGGGAAGGGGGAUCUCACCACCGCGCAGAGUCUCCUACUUCUGGGCUGGUACCAUGCCUGCCGCGGGCACUCGCGCCGGGCAUUAUGCUAUGUGGGAUACGCAGGCCGUAUCAUCACGACGUUGAAGUGCCAACUGUCAGAGUCGUCUUCAGCCGGGCAGACGCACAUCAAGGCAGAGCUACUUCACAAUAUAUGCUGGGUGAUGUUGGCCCUCACGCUAUGGUCGUAUCUCCAGAUGGAUAUGCCUCUGGUAGAUCUCCUGCCCGCGCGGCUCAUGCAGGUACUUCCUGCCAUUUCAGAGGCCGAGUCGAUUAUGCUCCAACUCGAUCGAGCAACCGAGAACCUCUCUACCCUGAAAUCGCAGUUCUCUUCCUUGCAGUCGGUGUGGCUGCUGGCACAUGUCACCUCGCUGAGCGCGCGUCUGUACGCCGCCUAUCCACGGCUCCAAUGCAGCCCGCCGGUGCCGCAACCGUGGCAAGAGUCGAUACUGCACCGGCUCGAUCGCCUCCUGCACCAAGGCCGCAGUCUGGCGCAGGUUUGCGCGGGGGUCCGUGACGCCCUACUGGACAUCGUUGCGACGGGUGGUCCGAUACUGGUUGUUUUCUAUCAGGCUGUUGCUUUGCGUCUAAUCUUCCCACGAAAAGAGAUGGGAAACGACACCGCCCAGGUUCUUGUCCUCAGCGACUCGCUCUUUGAACGGCUCACAACCUCUAUGCAUGCUUUGAAGCAGCUGUUCCCCGCGAUUCAAGCCCUCUCGCAACAUUACUUUGGCCACGCAGCUAGCACGGACUCCGCCUCGCUUCAUUUCUACAUGCUUGGCCUGGACGCUGUCAGUCGAGCUCUCAUGUAUAUCCUCACUCUCUGGGACCGUGCCACGACGGUGGAGCAGCAGCUCUGGCGGGAUAGGCUUCUCAGGCUUUUAGAAGGGGGGCUGAUGAUGCAAGAGCUCUUCGAUCACGAGACUCUCUUAAGGGAUUGCCGAUGGCGCGCAGUAAACCGUCAGCUCAAGACCGCUUGCAGCAGACUCGAGGGGGUGAUUUUCAGCUUCCGAGAUCAGUCCUGCCACAGCUUUUCUGGUGCAUUGGACCUCAAUCUGCCUUUGCAGCAGACAUUGGCCGCGGACAAUCCCAUCACAGCGCCGGUGUCUUCGUGCUCGUCGUUCGUGCCCGUCGCCCAUGAUGCGGACUUCGAGUGGCUGGACUUGCAAGACGUCACGAGCCCCCCAACCACGGCGUCCGAUUUGCGAGACUUCGGCCUCGCAUCGUUGGCCAAGCUCGUCCCCGUUCUGUCAUUGAAUCCGUUUGACUCCCUGCCCGGCGUGACUGGGCCAUCCUGUCUGGUUCAACCAGGCCGGACUGCUCUGCCAUUUUGCCUGUCAUGGGACGAUGCAAUCAUGAAUUCUGUACUUCAACCGGUGAGCGUCAUGCCACCGCCGUCGUCGGUCUCGCUGGGUGGUCUUGGUCCGAGGGGCCAGGAGAGCCAGAGGAAGCGAUCGUCGAACGAUCUCAGCGGUGUAGAGGAGGGGGGUGCGUUGGGGAUGAGCCGGUUGCUGAGGAGGUCGUAAGCUGACGCUGCUCGGACUUUGUAUGGGUUGUUUUUCUAUGGCUGAUUAAACCUCCGUCGUGCCACGGAGAUCCGGCGGGAUAUCGUAUACAGUAUAUGCCUAUUCAUCCCCAGUCACAGCAACGGCAAGUCUGGGUUGAAGAGGGCCGGGCGAGUUGCAAGGAUGACCGUCAAGUGUCAAACUUCUCAACAAGUGCUUCACGAUUGACUACUUGAUCUUUGCAAGACACCAUGGACAUGCUAAGCGCGUACGGAGGCGUUUGAUAUUGUUGAUAUCGAUGGUCCGGAGAUAAUGCUACGGAGCAUUAGGGACUGCGCUGUGGUCAGAGGGCACUCAGGUGCCCGUAUUGAUCCCAGUACUUCGGACAUAAACUCUGUGUGCCCUUUUUAUUCGAG